AUGAUCACAACACAGAUUCUCACGAUCAUCUACAUAUUCGCGGUGUUAGGGAAUAAGAUAUGGUGGAAAUUAGCCGCAGUACUCGAGUGUGUUGAAGUUACUUUAGUCUCGAUAUCUGUAUUGAUUCUACAAGUUCCGUCACCCAUCGAGAUGGCAUAUAUCUUAGCCUUCACUUCACAAGCUGCGGCCAUAGGUGUAAUAUGGGCAUCUUCUCGAGGCAUAUUCCGAAACAGGAUCCAGAAGCAUACGGCUGAUCAUCUGUUGGGUUUGGGCUUGGUUCCCUGGCUAGUCUUAGCAAUCUUACUUCCGCUGUCACUUGUCGGACGAUUUCCAAGGUGGACGACUCUCCAAUGGAUGCUCUUUAUGAUAAUCACAACGGUAGCACACCGGAUUCUGGAGAGCACCGACCACAACACUUCUCCGACAAGUGGCUCAGAGAUCGAGUUGGCGCUAGUGAGAGGCUCAUGCAGUAUGAAGGAACCGCCCCCCGAGAGUUCACCACACCUCAACGAACAAGCAUCGAUCUGUUCCCGUGCGCCCCUCCUAGAACUGAGUCGAUGGAUAAGGGCUACUGGCGAGAAAAUGUGGGGAGAUUUACGACGUUCUGGUCAUCGGUGA